UUCAACGUUGAAAUGUAGAACGAGAAAAAUGAUGGUACAAGAAAUUAUUCUGGAAGGACUCAUCUACCAUUCAACGAUAAACCAGUAAACCCUCCUUACCUCCAAGAGUCUGUGAAAACAAACACAAUCCCCAAAUUAUGGUGCCUUUCUUCUCCGCCUAGUUCCUUUUUGUUGCGAAAUCUCUCAGAAUGUCUUCAUCGGAAACUGCCGCCGUGCCGGCAUCUGAAUCCGUUGCCCCGCUCCUCCGGCCUCGUCAGAGUGGCAACAACACAUACCCUUCCUCGCCCAGGCAUGCUAGCCUGGCGGUUCUACUGGGCCGUGCCACGGGCCGCCGUGGUCCAUCCAUGCUGGUAAGGGAAACAGCGGCGCGAGAGUUGGAGGAGCGCCGCGCUGACUGGGGGUACUCGAAGCCCGUGGUCGCUCUGGACAUGUUGUGGAACACUGCGUUUGUGGUGGUCUCCGUGGUGAUGCUCGUCUGUACGGCUGAUGAGAGGCCGCCUAAUACGCCAAUCAGGUUGUGGAUCUGCGGUUAUGCGUUGCAGUGUUUGGUUCAUGUGGUGCUGGUAUGGUUGGAAUACAGGAGGAGGAACAUGAGGAGGAGAGCGAGGGAUCCGGAGAGAGGAGAAGUGGCUGGCUAUAGUGAGGAUGAUGACGAGGAGAGCAGUGAGAGGGGUUUUGGAAGUUCAAGUGGAUCAAGUGUCACUAAACGAUGUGAGUCGGUGAACACAAUGGCAUCAUUUCUCUGGUGGAUAGUUGGCUUUUAUUGGGUAGUCUCUGGUGGCGAUGUCCUGCUUAAAAAUGCUCCACGUUUGUACUGGUUGGCUGUGGUUUUUCUGGCAUUUGAUGUGUUCUUUGCCAUCUUUUGUGUUGUUUUGGCAUGUCUGAUUGGGAUUGCUCUGUGUUGCUGCCUGCCAUGCAUUAUUGCAAUUCUUUAUGCUGUUGCAGGACAGGAAGGUGCAUCCGAAGCAGAUCUAAGUAUCCUUCCAAAGUAUAGAUUUGAAAUCUUAAACAAUAACAACAAGCCUGAUGGGGGAUUGGGGAGAAUGGUUCCCCUAGAAACAACUAGCGGGUACUUGGCAAAUGAAAGAAUUCUUCUUGUGGAGGACGCGGAAUGCUGUAUAUGCCUCAGUUCAUACGAUGAUGGGGCAGAGCUCCAUGCUCUCCCCUGCAAUCACCAUUACCAUUCUGCAUGCAUUGUGAAAUGGCUUAAGAUGAAUGCAACAUGUCCUCUCUGCAAGUACAAUAUUCUCAAGGGAAAUGAACCCCUGUGACGAAGAGAACAACACCCUCUGAUGAUCAGGUUUCCCCCAUCACUUUGUCUAUAUAUUUAGGCAAGAAAAGAAUUAAGCAUUUCCUGCUCCUAUUUGGCAUGAGCUAAACUAUUUGGGAUCAUAAGCUUUUAUUAUGAGUUGGUAGUCGUCUGGAGUUGUUCUUGAUUCUUUGUGUCCAUAUCAGUUUCAGUUAUUCAAAAAUGCAGUAGUCAGUUUUAAAUGUCCUGUAGUUAUUCUAUAGUAACUCAGUUUAAAGGAAAAUGCUGACUUCAUGUAUUUUAUCUUCACUUCCAUGCC